AUGUCUCAACAAGCUGUUACGUCAUUUUCGGGCCAUGUUUGGUGGAAAGGAGACAAAGAAUACAACUACCACCUCAACGAUGUUGUGUACUGGAUGGAUGACGCUCGAUUACCGAGAGGGGAUGCGUAUUUUGAGAGGACGUUGAUGACGCAUGGAGGCAAGGGAAAGAUAGUGGAGAUAAGGCCUCCAUCAGAAUCUGAUGACCAAGUAGUGAGAUUGCAAGUGUACUGGGAUGCCAGUAUCCCAGCAGCUGCCAACGGGAUUCCGGAGGAACUCCAUGAGGAGCUUCUUUCCCAUGAAACAUACCCCCAUGAAUUAAUUCGUCUCAACGAUGUCUUUCUUUCUUGUGUAUCGAGAGAUAUCAAACAUUCAUGUCCGGUGGUGGAAUCCAUCUUUGAUGAAGACGCCUUCACCGAAGCGAAGCGUGGGGAUUUUGUGCCAGCUUAUUAUGAGGACUGGUUUUUAAUCCGGUUCUUCCAAGGUGGGCCCCAAGGGUUCCAGCCCAUUAAGAGGCUAUGUGAUGACUCAGAGUGUGAACGCCCAUGGGACCCCCUCAGCCAGCCACUGAGGUUUUGUUGCCAGGAGGUACCCCAUUGGUUCGCCGUGACCAACAGCCCUCACUGCCAGCCAACCACAGCCUCCUACACCCUAAAGGAGGUCCUUCAGUCCAUUCUCCGGGAAGAUGGGGAAUUGUAUCAGCACUUGGACUUUGGCAAAUAUCCUAACGUGCUCAAGGUAGCCAGGGCUGCUUGCAGCGACCUUGUGCUCUUUGGUCCUUCCUCUGGGAGGUGGGAUCUGGAGAAGGAACUCCAAGCCUUUCAUGGCAGGAAGGGUUGGAUUCUGGCUGCGGCUGAUGAGCUUCGGGCGCUUGCCUCUGAGGCCGAGGAUCUGGAGAGCGCAGCCGGCGACUUCAUAAGUCCGGAGGUUGAAACGUUUUUGCGGGAGGGAAUUGAGCAUGAGGGGGCCUACAACAAGUACCGCUCACCUUCUUCUCUGUACCGUCAACCUCUAUAA